AUGGCCUUUUUACUCCGUCUUCUUCGACUUCGUUAUCUAAUUUUCGGCACGGCCGUUGGUGGCGGUUAUGCUGCUCGCAAAAAAUAUAAGGAAAUACAAGAUGCACUACCAGAUAUUUCCUGGAUGAAAGAAUAUAUGCCAGAAGAGACGGUCAAUGCUCUUAGCAAACAUUUGUCUGAUUUAGCUAAUUCAGUUUCAUUGCCCGAUACAACCAAUUUACAAGAUCGAGUCAGACUUCUGCAAGAAAGAUUUUCAAAUUACUUUUCUACACUAUCCGAAAAUACACCAGAAGACCCAAAUGCCGAUGGAAACGAACAAAAACAAUCAGAUGGCCUUUUCGCAUGGACGAAAUCAUAUAAAAAUGUUCAGUUAACAAGUGAAGAACAAGAACAUUUGAGAAAAACUGCUCAGUUACAAGAACAUGAACGUCAAGAGAGAAUUCAUCAAGAAAUGAUGGGUAUACAAAUAAAAUAUCAACGUGAAAUCGAUCGAUUAGAAAAAGAAAUCAAAGCGAUGAAGAAGCAGAUAUUACUAAGACAAGAAAGAAAUUUCCAAGGGAAAAAACAACGUAGAAUCAAAAAAUCAUUGAUUGAUAUGUACAGUGAAGUUCUAGAUGAAUUAAACGACUAUGAUACCAAUUAUAACAUUCAAGAUCAUCUACCACGAGUUGUCGUUAUCGGUGAUCAAAGUUCGGGUAAAACAAGUGUAUUGGAAAUGAUAACACAAGCACGUAUAUUUCCUCGAGGUGCUGGUGAAAUGAUGACACGUAGUCCAGUCAAAGUUACCUUAAGCGAAGGUCCCUAUCACAUAGCAACAUUUAAAGAUAGUCCAAAAGAAUAUGAUUUAACGAAGGAAGCAGAUCUAGCUGCUCUCCGAAAAGAAAUCGAACUUCGGAUGCGUGCAUCAGUUAAAGAUGGACAAACAAUCAGUAGUGAAGUCAUUUCAUUGUCUGUUAAAGGACCUGGUCUACAACGUAUGGUACUAGUUGAUUUACCUGGAAUUAUCAGUACGGAAACCAUCGGUAUGGCGUCGGAUACGAAGAGUUCCAUCACUCGUCUCGCUAAUAGUUAUAUGUCCAAUCCGAAUGCAAUUAUUUUGUGCAUCCAAGAUGGAAGUGUUGAUGCAGAACGUAGUAAUGUCACUGAACUUGUAUCGAAAAUGGAUCCACAUGGUAAAAGAACUAUAUUUGUUUUAACCAAAGUCGAUAUGGCCGAAGCAAAUCUACAUGAUUCUGGUCGAAUCAAAAAGAUUCUCGAAGGAAAAUUGUUUCCAAUGAAAGCGUUGGGUUAUUUCGCAGUUGUUACUGGCAAAGGCAAUGCUGAUGAUCCAAUUGAUCUUAUACAGAAAUACGAAGAAGAUUUCUUUCGUGAUUCGAAAUUAUUUCGUGAUGGUAUUUUCAAAGCUAAUCAAACUACAACACGUAACUUAAGUUAUGCUGUCAGUGAUUGCUUUUGGAAAAUGGUUAAAGAGAGUGUUGAACAACAAGCGGAUACAUUCAAAGCAACGAAGUUUAAUUUAGAAACCGAAUGGAAAAAUAGUUUCACUAAACUUCGAGAACAAGAUCGAGAUGAAUUAUUCGAAAAAGCUCGUGGCGAAAUUCUCGACGAAGUUGUUAAUCUUAGCUUAAUUCCUAGUCAACAAUGGGAAGAUAAUUUAUCGAAAUAUAUCUGGUCAAAAAUGUCGAAUUUUAUCUUUGAUGACGUUUUCCUCCCAGCUGCACAAGCUGAUUCAAUAGGAGGUUUUAAUACGACAGUUGAUGUUAAAUUACAACAGUGGGCAGAGAAAGACUUACCACGUCAAUGUGUCAGUAUAGCUCAUCAGGUUCUACUUGAUGAAUUUCAAAAUCUAAUUGAACGCGAACAAAAAAGUCGAUCCUCCGAUCCAAUUACCAAUGAUCUAAAAAUGCACGUGGUAGAAGCGUGUCGCACAAGGCAUCAAUGGGAUAGCAAAGCAUUAGAUUCUCUAAGAGUCAUUCAAACUCAAGCUUUACAAGAUCGCAAUGUUCCGGAUAAGCAGCACUGGGAAACAGCAGCGAAAUUCAUGGAAGCUAUCAUCCGACAGGAAUUGGAACAUCAAGAAUUAGAAUUAAAUUCAAAAGCCAAUCAGGGUGCAUGGCGACGAUUGAAUCCUUUUCAAGGCACAACUCUGGAAGAGAAGAAUCGACAGCAAUGCGUAAAAGAACUAGAAAAAGUUCUACUCAGUAGACAACAGUUAGAUAGAACAACGAAAAAUAAUUAUUCAAUUCGUUCUGUUCUUGAUUUUGAUGAAUUAACGACAGUCAAGAAAAAUCUUCAAACACAAAAAAUCGAUGUCUCUAAUAAUUUUAUAAGCGAUCUAUGGCAACGUGUAUAUAAAAUUCAUUUUCUCAAACGAAAUUUAUCCACUUGUCUCGAAUGUCGUCGAUUUUUCUAUUACUAUCAAAAAGGUUUUUCUGAUCAGGGUCUCGACUGCCGUGAAAUAGUCUUUUUCUGGCGUUUAAAACGUAUGAUUGAUAUAACAAGUAAUGCUAUUCGACAGCAAAUCUCAAACAUUGAAACUCGUCGAUUGGAGCGAGAGGUGAAAGAAGUUUUAGAUGAUUUCAGUGCGGAUGAAACAUUGAAAUCAAAUCUUCUCAAAGGCAAACGUGUUGACUUGGCAGAAGAUUUGAAACGUGUUCGACAAGUUCAAGAGAAACUUGAAGAAUUUAUCGAAGCAUUGAAUGCCGAAAAAUAA